CUCCGCUAUAUAGAACUCUCGAUACUGCAUUUCCCUUUACUUCGCUGGAUGAUAUCUUUUACACAAUUUGUCUUACUGCUGCUCUUGAGGUCAAAAAAACACAUAAGCUCCAGUAUGGUUUACUCCAUCCUCCUACUCGUGACCCGUAAGCCAGGCAUGUCCUGGCCCGACUUCAAACACCAUUGGGAAACCCAGCACGUCCCCCUCAUCAAACGCUUCGUGGGCGACGACUUCCCGCUCUCCCACACGCGCCACUAUUUUGAGCGUAACAACGACGACAAACCAAACGUUACCUAUGGCAAUCCGCAUGGAGUUGACUUUGACGCCCUGGCUAUCCUCACCUUCUCCGAUCGAGACCACCAUGCGAGGUUCUCGGAGAAAUUGAGCAACCAAGAGACGCAUGAGUUGCACAUAGCGGAUUUGGAGAAGUUUAUCGACCUGGGAAGGUUUAAACAAGUCAUGAUUGAGGGUACCGAGGCGACGGGGAGGGAUGGGGGAAUGGUUGGGUGGAGAUUUGUUGGGAGUGUUUGAUGUCGUGGGUGUGGUUUUGGUUUGUGUUUUCGGAAAGGGGAGGAGGAGGAAAGGAUAUUUAUAUCUCUUUUUGUUUGCGCAUGAGGGAGUCUUGUUGAGGAGUAUCCAUCUGGCGGUGGUUUAUUGCUUUGAUUGUUGGGGUGUGGAAUUGGUAUUAUUUUGUUUUCUCUUAAACGCGAC